AUGUAUGCAAUGCGCGUCAAUGUCAGUGUAACCAUUGCAGUGAUGACGAACGCCACUUUUACAACUCAACCAGCGGGGCAGAAUGACACAGUGGAAACGUGCUGGUCACCAAACACGACACAUGAAGAUGAAUAUGGGCAGGAAGGAGGGGAGUUUUUAUGGUCUAGUCACGAACAAGAGCUCGUCCUCGCAGGUUUUUUCUAUGGCUACACCGUCGCACAGAUACCCAGUGGCUGGCUGACGGAUAAGAUUGGAGGCACUCGGGUCUUCGGAAUAUCCAUGUUCCUUUCGGCAGCCGUCAGUCUGUUCAGCCCGAUUGCAGCCGAACUCGGCUCUUCGUACUUCCUCGCUGUCAGGGUGUUGUGCGGUAUCGGUGAGGCAGGUACUUACCCGGCGUUGGGAUCAAUGGUAGCACGUUGGUUUCCUCCAAAGGACUUCUCGGCAGCUUUUUCAAUUGCAAUUUCGAGUGGAAAAUUUGGAGCAUUCAUCGGGACUGUUCUGUCCGGUCUUAUAUCCAGUUCAGAUUUGCUUGGUGGAUGGCCGUUGACGUAUUAUACUUUUGGUGGAUUUACGCUUUUGUUAGUAUUGGUAUGGAUUAUCCGUAUCUACGAGACCCCUGGUCGCCACCCAAGGAUAUCAGCUCAAGAGAAGGAAUAUCUUUCAACGACCGUUAUCACAGAGAAGGUAAAAGUCAGACAAAAAGUCAAAUAUCUUGUGAAAGCAAGUAACUACGGUGAUGAGAUUACGAAAUAG